CCGAUCGCAACGACGUUUCCCGCCGAAUGAAGUAAACGUCAAAUUUUCCAGCUGUCAUUCUUACUUUUUUUUGUGAGUGCAAUAAACGACCAGUGUCAAAUAUAUAUAUUUUUAAUUAUAGUGCGAUCGAAUAGUCGCGAUGUUGUGAUUGUGAUUUAGCUGUGUUUAUAAAUAAAACACUGGGAAGGAUUAUUUUUGAAAAUGGGGAACUUCGAUGGGAGAAAGUACGCGUAUUUGAAAAUGGAAUACACGACAUGGUUGUUCAUUCUGAUAGCUGCUAUAACGCUGGCAACACCAGCGCUUUCAAGUUCACCGCGCGUGGUAUGUUACUACACAAAUUGGUCGGUAUACCGGCCAGGAACUGCCAAGUUCAAUCCUCAAAACAUAAACCCCUAUCUAUGCACACAUCUCGUGUACGCAUUCGGAGGCUUCACGAAGGACAACACGCUGAAACCUUUUGAUAAAUACCAGGACAUUGAAAAAGGUGGUUACGCUAAGUUUACUGGUUUAAAAACCUAUAACAAGAACUUAAAGACACUACUAGCUAUCGGAGGCUGGAAUGAGGGAUCCUCUCGCUUUUCUCCCAUGGUUGCUGCUAAAGAUAGAAGGAGGGAGUUCGUCAGGAAUGUUAUUAAGUUCCUAAGGCAAAACCACUUCGACGGUCUUGAUUUAGAUUGGGAAUAUCCAGCUUUUAGAGAUGGUGGAAAGCCCAAGGACCGUGAAAACUACGCUAAGCUGGUGAAAGAACUGCGCGAGGAAUUCGAACGAGAAUCCGAAAAGACUGGCAAACCUCGUCUGCUUCUGACGAUGGCUGUUCCGGCUGGUAUCGAGUAUAUCCAGAAGGGCUUUGAUGUGAAAACUUUAAAUAGGUACCUGGACUGGAUGAACCUCCUAACAUAUGACUAUCACUCAGCUUUCGAACCCGCCGUCAACCACCACGCGCCGCUGUACCCUCUCGAAGAACCGAACGAGUACAGUGUAGACAACGAACUUAAUAUUGAUUACACCAUUAAAUUUUAUCUCGAAAAUGGUGCGGAUGCUGACAAACUGGUGCUCGGAAUUCCAACAUAUGGACGUUCGUACACGCUCUUCAAUGCUGAUGCGGUGGAGAUCGGCUCACCCGCUGACGGGCCUGGUGAACAAGGAGACGCUACCAGGGAGAAGGGAUACUUGGCAUAUUACGAGAUUUGUGAAGCACUGAAACCGAAGAACAAGAAACGUGCAAUCUCGUCCGAUGAAGAAUAUGAAGAAGAUUCGUCUUCAGAUGAAGACUCGGAAGAAGAAGAAGAAGAGGAUUGGACCAUUAUGUAUCCAAACAAAAAUGCAAUGGGUCCUGUAGCUUAUAAAGGCAACCAGUGGGUCGGCUACGAUGACAUUGACAUCGUCAAGAAGAAAGGAGAAUACGUCGCUGAGAAUGGACUUGGAGGUAUAAUGUUUUGGUCGAUCGACAACGACGAUUUCCGAGGUACCUGCCACGGGAAACCCUAUCCGCUGAUCGAAGCUGCCAAAGAGGCGUACGUCUCUAAACUCGGAUCGACUGACAGACAGUUAACUGUAAAGGAGAAACCUAAACAAUCAAGAGCUGGUGGUCGCAGAAGAAACCGUCCAAAGUCUAGUUCUACUACCACUACCACAACUACCACUACUACUACACCAAAGCCAACCAAGAGUAGCAAACGUAAAAGCGCUAGUACAUCAAUAAGUACGACUCCAAGUUGGAACAUCAUCACUCCGGAACCACCCACCACUCCUGAUGCAGGCUCAGACUUCAAAUGCAAAGAAGAAGGGUUCUUCCAACAUCCUCGAGACUGCAAGAAGUACUUCUGGUGUCUUGACUCCGGUCCCUCAGAUCUUGGCAUCGUGGCUCAUCAGUUUACUUGCCCAUCUGGCCUUUACUUCAACAAGGCGGCCGACUCCUGUGACUUUGCCCGAAACGUCCUCUGCAAGAAGCCAACCGCCACCACGAAGGCAAUCACUAAACCUACCACAGCUAAGACAACUGUCUCCACAACCACGACCACAACAACCACGACUACCACAAGGCGACCUAUCAGAUUGACGUCCAGAAGUUCUUUGCUGUUCAGGACCUCAUCUACUACAACUACGACACCUGAACCUGAGUCAAGCGAAGAAGACGAAGAAGAAGUAGAUUCCGAUGAAGCAGCUGACAUAGAUUCUGAAGAUCCUAAAGUUAUCAAAGAGCUGAUCGAUCUCAUCAAGAAAGUCGGUGGAGUAGAACAGUUGGAAAAACAGCUCAAGUUGUCAGGGACACCGGGAGCCGCCGUCACCGUGCCACCGUCCGCCAUCAACACCAAACUCUACCAGCGUGUUCUCGAGAGGACCAGGGGCAAGAACAAAUAUGGUGAUAACAGCAUAACGGAAAAUCCCGUUCAGAACAGUCGUCGAGGACCACAAAACGCUGGAAUCGAACCAUCACCCGACAAAAACAGACUACUCAGAAAAGAAAGGCCACAAUACGUAACGAUAAACCGUUCGAGACCUGCUGUCUCAUCAACGACGCCAUUAUCAGGAGAAAGCGAGGAAGAGGAAGAGGAAGAAGAAUCAGAAGAAGUUUCACAAAUAUCCAGAACGAGAGUCCAACAGCGGACUGAUUAUGACAACUCAAUCGGAACAACAGCAAAACCACUUCAAUAUGUGAAUAUUCGAAGAUCGAGACCAACCACAGCAGCAACAGACGCACCUGACGACUCUAGAAAUGCUUUGUUCGAACGUGUCGAGCCAUACGUGGCCGUUGCCGAGUCACCCAAUUCACUGGACAUAGCGAGCUCGCGACGCGAGAAUACUCCCGAAUAUGUUACCAUAAGGAGAACGCGGCCAACCGCUGAAACUACUACUCUAAAAUAUCAAGAAUCAGAAGAGGAAAAAUAUCAAGAGACAGCAUUAGAAAGAGAAAUUAGUUCGCAGUCAGCACAACCGCAGUACACUUCUGUUAUCAGAACAAGGUCUACCACUCUUAUUCCUAUCGAGGAACCAAGUAGUCCUGAGCCGACCACAAUCCUAUCUGUUCAAAUAUCAUCCUUAUUAAACGGACCAAGUUCAGAAGAGGUAGAAAAUCCACCUGAAACUUCUUCUAUAAUUACUCAAACAACGGAGUUGCCUGAACCGGAUACAACAACUACGUCGACGACGAUUAUAACAACCACACCCACGACUACGACGACCACUCCACCACCUCCACCUACUUUAUCAACAAGAGGUUCUAUAUUGAGACGCCGAGGAUCUACCACGCCCACCACAACAGCAGUCCCCAUUUCUACAACUCAGGUAAGUUCUAGGAAUUAUUCAUUCAUCCGUAGACGUAGACCAUUAUCUCAACCCAACGAGAUAUCAGAAUCAAACGAAGCAAUAGAAAAUGUAAGGAAAAUUAGGUCAACUACUCCUGACAGUCGAGAAGUUGAUGGUGUAAAAACCGACGGUAAUAGCGGUGUCAUUAAAAGGUUUAGGAGUAGAUUACAAACUUCACGUAAUGGUGAUUCGAUUCCUGCCGCUGCAUCGUCGAUUUCAAGAGGUGAGUUUCGGCCACAAUUGAGCAAAGAUGAGGUAAUAUCGUUAACACCAAUUGACGUAGAUAGUUCCGAAAUUAAUGAAAAUGAAGAAGUUACUAUAGACAACAUUGAGAAGAUACGCGCCAGAGCUCCCACGACUAUUGCUGAUAAAGCUGAAGAUAGUGAAGUUUCUGCUGCUACUAUAGAUGAAAGGCGACCUAGUAUUUUUCCAAGAGGGAGAGGUAAAUUUCCUUCGUUCACAACACAGGCUAUCGGUAAAUCUGUCACAACAGAGUCUUCUUUAAAUCGAAGACGUCCUUCUUUUGCCAGAUUUACUCCUCGUCCUUUUGCGAGAACUAUUUCAACUACAAGUCUAUCUGAAAAUAAAUUAGAAAAUGAAAUUGACUCUGUAACUCAGAGGACACGUUCUCGCUUAUCGUAUACAAGAGGAAGGACACAGUCAUCAUCAGUAUCACCACCAAUAUUUCAAGCUAGGAAAUUACCAUUCCCAUCUCGACAAUCAACGACUAGACCGAGAUUAAUUUCAGAAAAUGAUGAUGAAGAAAUAGAUAACAAAAAUGAUGAUAUUACUUUAUCAGAAACUGCUAUAGAAGAAAAUGAACAUGAUGGAACAACAGCAGAUGAAGAAUCACAAAAGAAAUCAAAAACAUCAGCAGAAAGGUUAGAAAUUAUACCUUCUGAGGAAUCUAGUUCAGAUAAAAACGGAAAAAGAAAGUUUAGAGUUAUUCGAAGGCGGCCAACACCGUCCACGUCUGAAGUACCUUUAUCUAAUACAGAAACUACUACAGCAAUUACCCGAAUUCGCAAAAUUAUAAGAAAAAAGUUAAAGCCAAUCGAUGAUGACUCUGAAACAGUGACGAAAACUGUAGGUUUAAUUAAUGCUGGAUUUAAAGAUCCACCAAAAGACUUUAUUAAUUAUGGAGAAAAAACUCGAAUAACAACUGCUUCUGUGCCAUCUAUCGAUGAAUAUAGAACUACCACAGAAAUUGAUGAAGGCUUAGAACAAAAUACUGAAUUACUUAAAGAAAUUUUACCUGAUACACCCAGACUACAAGUUCAAACUGAAACCGUUAUUAUAGAACAAGACAUUGAGACAAUAAAAAAGGAUGAAAAUAAAGAAGUGGAAGAAAAAAUUGUCACUUCAGAAAAAGAAGAAAAACCAGAAGUCGUUCUUAAUACCGAAGAAAUGAAAUUAAGUUUAUCAGAUAACAAGGAACCAACUUUAAUAAAAGAUGAUAUGGAGAAUACAGAAACAAGUACUGAGAGUGCUUCAUCAUUAAUAGAAGAUAACAGCAAAAUAUCACAAAGAAACGAAACUGACUCAGAAAGUGCUACGACAACAGAAAAUAUUACACGUAAAAUUGUUGUUGAAGAAAUAGCUACUACUGAGUUAUCACUCAGUGAAACUGAAACGUCAGUUGAGACUACUACAACUAGCACUACACAACUAACAUCACCUUCGCCAAGAUCAAGAUUACCAUACAGACCACCUAAAAGAUUAUUUACAUCUACAACUGAGGCUACACCAUCUAGUAGUAGAACAUUUAGCCGAAAGUAUAAUCCUGGAGCAUACACUAGUCCUUCAACUGUUGAAAGGCCAGGUUUCUUUAGUAGAGGAACCACUAAACGGCCCUUGUUUUCCAGGACAUUUACUAGGAGAACAUUCCCUACGGUUAGGACAACGCCCAAAUUCCAAUUAGAAGAUGAGGAAGAGUAUUCGGAUGAAGAAAUUCUGGAUGAAGAACCAGAAAAUCCUUUUGUUUUUGUUCCACCUACUAAACUUUUUACAAGAAAACCUGAUUCAGAAGAAUAUGACGACGAUUUAGACGAAGAAGAAGAAACAUAUAAUGAAGAAGAUGAUUUAAAAGAAACACCAGAAGAAGAAAUUUAUGAAGAUGAAGAACCACCAGUAACAUUCAAACCUUCAUCUAAAAGACCGCAAUUUAAACCUAAAAUUAUAAAUUCAAACACUUUUAGGACUUCAACGUCCACUACAGAAAUCCCUCGACGUUUGAUUGGAAAUAAUCAAAACAAAACGACAGUCUACAAUAGAUUUGGAGGUAAUAAACCAGUAAAUGAUACUAAAAAACGCGUUCAAAAUGUACCACCUGGUUACAAUGUACCUAAAUCAAUCCAAAAUGUAAAUUUGAAAAAUUCAACGAAACAGCCUCUUUAUACUACAAAGAGCGUAAUAGUAGAAACAACAAUCGAUUCUAUUAUAAAAGAAAAUGAACAGACAACAACUGAAACUGAUGAAUAUCUUUAUAUGACAGAGACAAGCACCUCAAUUCCGUCUCAGACAUUAUCCUCUAACGACACUGAAAAUGAAACUGAGACUCCUAUGGAAAUAGAUAAUAGUUCUGAUGAUUAUUUGGAAUUCACUACAAAUUAUCCAAGUACUCAAGAUUCAGGAAUAAUAAACCAAACAGAUAUGGAAACUGAUACCGAAACUGUAGGGGAUACGCCUACUACAAGAAUAGUUGAAAAUAAUUUUGAAACUACAACUGACGAACCCGAAACUACAAGUCAAAUUGCUCCCGUUGCACCUAUAGUGAAAACUCAAUUUAAUAAAUUAUUUUCAAUAAGUAGGGUCGUUGAAGUAUCUUCAAAACUAGAUAAACAUAGAUUAAAUAAAAACAAUGAAACUACUCUCAUCGAAGAAGGUAAAGUAAUGGUUGAGAAAAAACCUACAGUGGAUAAAAUUGGCGAAGUUAGUAGAUACAGCCUCAUCAAAAUAGUAGAAGAUGAAAUCCCGAUUUACUUGACUAAACUCGGACAUGUAUAUCCCGUAGAUAAUCCUCCAGAUAAUCCUAUUCGAAUUGAUGAAGCUCGUAACGCAAGAGCAUUAGUUGACUAUUUAGAUAUUCCAAAAGAAAACCUUGUCGCUUCAGAGAGUAUGAAUGAAGGUUAUAGACAUAUCAAUAUAGUAUCUGACCAACUAAAAUAUUUGGAAAAAGGUCAAGUGGAGCAUAUAUCAGACGAUGAUUUCUUAAGUUACGUAAAUGAUGACAAAAAAGUUGAAAAACUCGAAGACGAUCUAACAUACAAUUCAAACUGGCAAUUCAUCCCUGCUGCCUAUGAGAAUGAAAAAAUAAAACAGGUUAAAUCUGCUAAAAGUUUUGAAGUAGUAACGCCGCGUUUAAUGUUGACAGAUCCAUCGACAUUGCCUUUAGAAGCCUUAUUUCAAACGGAAAAUCCAAUCAUGGCGAGAAAAGUUACUGACGAUAAAAGUAAACAGCCAUUUGUUGUUUAUUCUGCCCCUGUACCUACUCAAGAAGAAGAAGCUAACCUUCUCAAAAUAAAAAUAAUUAAACCGCAAAUGAGUCGAAGUAUAGAAACUUUUGCAAGAGGUAAAGAAUUAAAAGGACCUUCUGUUAUUGUGGAGUCUACAGUAAAAUAUCCCAUUAGUAUAUCUAUUUUGAAACAGUCUCCUCAAACAACCCAUAUUAACGAAACUGUAUUAUCUACAACAAAUAGUCCACCCAGUAAUAAUACAACAUUCUCAACGACAACGACUAAUACACAAACAACGUCAGUGAUAACAGAAAACAUCAGGACGAGUCCUAUUGUAGAACUAUUAACUACAACUGAAGCAAUACCAGAACAAGUAAUGGUUGAAAAAAUAACAGAAACGCAUCAUUCAACAUUACUAACUUCUACUGAAAUACCCGUGACUACAGAUACCGUCCAAGAAGAGAUAACCACAUUAAAGAUAUCUGCACUAGAUGCUAAAAGAGCAAAAUACGGUCUUCCAAGGAGACCUAUCAAACCCUCAAAUCUCACCAAAUUUAGUUCGGUGACGCGAACCACGGCUAAAAUAAAUAUAACACCAAGAACCAUUCAAAGAAAUAACAAAACGUCCAGUUUUAAUCCAAGUAUAUCACGAUUCUCAGGGAAUAGGGCACAAAACAUACCUGUGGAUUUAAGAAAGAAAUCUAUUACGCCUAAAGUAGCAAAAACCUUCACUACUGAGUCGCCACGGUCGACAACUGAGAGGAAAUUGUUUAUAAAACCAAUAAGACCGCUGCGACCUUCAUUCGUGCCGAAACGAUUUACAACGUUACCACCUACUCUGCCUGGAGACACUUAAAAAUUAUUGGAAACAUGAAUUCUUUGCAGAAGCCAAAAUAUUAAUUAGAUUUUUCAUUUAAAAUCUGUAUAUUUAGUUGGGUUGGUAUAGUUGGUUAAGAAAUGAAAUGCUUUUUAAACUUCGAUUUUUUAGAACCACAAUUCUUCUUAGAUGAAUACAGAUUUUUGGUUAACUAUUUUAUUUUUUAUUUAAAAGAAUUUAAUGAGGUAUUGUGUGGUGUUAGAUAUUUUCCUUGUAAAAAUCCUAAGAAAUCGUUUUUUUCUUACCGCAUUUCAUUUGCAAUGGGUGUGCUUGUAUAUAUAGACGUAUCAUCAGUUUCAGUAUAGUCAUGUUAUAAAGAUUCAUAGCUUUAAUUUAGAUAUUUAUGAGAGAUGAAAGUUUUUACCAAAAAUGUAUAUUUUAUUCUUAGUUCGUUUUGGUAUAAAAGCUUUCGCGCACAAAUUGUCAUAGGUUAUGAUUAGUUUAAACUUAUUUAAUGAUUCGUAAUUAACUAAUAAUUUACGUUACCAUAUGUAUAAAUUAUCGGGCGUAAUGUAAUGAUUAUAUAUUGUAACUUGAAAAAAAAUAAAACUUUGUAAUAAAAUGUUAGUAAACAUAA